AUGACUUCACUCCCACGAUGCGACAAGAACAUGACUGAACAAGACGAUCCUCCUACUGGUGGUUUCGCAAAGCUCUCCAUCCAGGACGAAGAUGGCAACGAUCGAGGCAUCUUCUUCCACGGCCAGAAUCUCGACAUAAACUUCAACGCAAUCCUCAAACCACGAAAUGUGACCAUGACCGAAACGAUACCAGACAUGUCUAUCUACCGCCAAUUACUACCGGAGCUGGCCUCCUCCUUGAAGACUUUCCAGAACUCUGGAUCUAAAUUCAAAGUCCUGAAAACAGUUCUACCAAGCUCCGCAACACCACAGGACCCACGGCCGAUACCUGCCAAGCCUGAAGAACAAGGAACCCUCUUCAUCCUAGACUCCUCGGUCAAUCCACCCUCCAUAGCCCACAGAACUCUGGCCCAGAAAGUCCUCGAGAAGUCGUCCCUAGAACACCACCCAGCGCGAAGAAGACUCCUUCUCCUCUUUGCAGUAAUGAACGCAGACAAAGCCCCAUCCCCAGCAUCCUUCGAGCACCGGCUCACAAUGAUGACAAUCUUUGCUCGGGACUUACUGGACUCUGUCUCCUCUUCUAUGAAUCACAUUGCGAUGCCUGUCGACAUUGGAGUCACCACCCAACCCUUCUACACCGACAAAUCCGCCGCCAUCGAAACCGAGGGACGGGAAUGGUACCCCGAAGGACCCAAACACAUCCAUCUCAUCGGCUUCGAUACUCUGACCCGCUUCUUCGGCGCAAAGUACUACCGCGAGAAAUUCGACCCACCAUUCUCUGCCCUGGAUCCUUAUUUUGAUCAUGGUCACAAGCUUCGCGUCACGCUGCGGCCAGGCGAUGUAGCGGGGGAAUAUGGUAGGGUUGAGAAGCAGAAAGCGUUUCAUGAGAAUCUUGCGAACGGCGGGAUGGAAGCUGAGGGAGGAAAGAGGGAAUGGGCGAAACAGGUUGAGUUGGUGGAGCCAGUGGGUGAUGAGGGUGUGAGUAGUACGAAGAUCAGGAAGGCGGCGAACGCAGAGGAUUGGAAGGAGGUGAGGAGAUUGUGUACGCCUGGAGUGGCGGAGUGGGUGAAGACGGAAGGGUUUUAUAAGGAAGAUUCGAGGGGAGCUAAGAUGGCUUGA